AUGGAAGAGGCGCUCGGUGUCCGAGAGACCCCGGCUCGACCUUCAGCAUCACCUGCUCCAGAUCCGACGAAGGUCAUGAGGAAUGUUUUCCCGUACUUGAAAUUGCCUGAGCGACUGGCCAUUGCGAGCAUCUGCCAGAGUUGGUACCGAGUUCUCCCUCCUCGUGAUGCAGAGAUUUCACGGGCUGUGUACGUACGCGGAUUGGCCUCGGUCAUCGACAAGAACUGGUCUGUGCAGUUCCGUCACAACGACUCACAGGGCUGGGACUCUAUUUCCGUCCGACUUGAGUAUCUUGGGCGAUCUCUGGCGCUCAGGAAAAAAUUCCGACCUCGCUUUGUGGGGAUCUGUUUUGGACGAUUUGAGAUUCCAGGCGAAUGGCGGAAGGCCGACCGGUACGCGGUCAGUCAGCAAAAAGAACAGCUGGCACAGGUCAUGAAGAAGUAUGGAUUGAGAAAAGCCGACCAGGGAGAAGGGAAAUUUGAGUUCUUGAAGGUCAUGGUGGGACUCGAUGUCUUAAUCGACCACAUUGAUGAUUAA